AUGUUCGCUCGCUCUGCCUUGGUCGUUGCUAUCGUCGCUGCCGCCGCGUUCAUCAGCGGAGCGUUCGCGCAGGAGCCCAACUGUGCGCGCAACUACACGGUCGUGCCCGGCGAUACCUGCGACGGCAUUGGGGCUAAGACGAACACGCCCACAUUCCAGAUCGAGACGGUGAACGCGAACAGGAUCGACGCUGGGUGCGAUAACCUGUUCGUCGGCGAGCCUUUGUGCCUCGGCAUCGUUGGCCAGGACUGCGACAUCACCCACGUCGUGCAGCCGGGCGAUAACUGCGACACCAUUGCACAGCAGGCGAAGACGACCCGGCAGAUCCUGCUGGCGAACAACCCGAACGUCAACACCGCCUGCACCAACAUCAACCUUGGAGAGGUCCUUUGCACAGCGAACGAGAUCAUCGUGCACUCGACGGCGAGCUCGGCCUGA